AUGUUCCAAGCUUUAAGACGUCAUGGUACGAAAACUCAAAGUAAAAAUGAAAAUAAAAGAAACAAUAAUUUAGUUAUCAAAAGUAAAAUAUUAAACUUACCUUUAUUUCAAGAUCUAAAUAAAUCUGAAACUGAUAACAGAGAUGAAAUAAGUGAAACGCAACAUAGUUCUGAUAGUUCUUCAGAUGACUCCGCUCUGUUUGAAGAUGUUCAUGAUGAAACAUACCUACCUAAUGAAACGCUGGAAACUCAGCCACAGAGCAGAAUGACUUUGAGACCACUUCAACAUCGUAUAGAGAAGAAUCAGAUUAAUAAUAUGAACCAUGAGUUUAUUAAA